GAGAGAGAAAAUUGUUGUCGGAGGUUCCACACUAAUAGCUUCCGCAAGUGAACAAAACCGAAAAGGAAGAGAUCCACCUCGAACACCUCUCCUGCUGCUUCUACCUUCUCCGUUCCUUCUCUCUCUGCAACCCCUUCCCCUUCCCCUUCUGCAAAAUCCUUCCUUUCUUCUCCCUUACCCACCUCUGAUCGCUUCUCAAGAAGACACGCAUCGAUCCCUGCGGAGAUAGAUAGAAUAGAGGAAUAGGAGAGAUAACGGAGGAGGAUGAGAGAAGAAGAAGAGCCCAACUGGUUUGCGCGAUGGGAAGAGGAAUUGCCCAGACCCGAGGAACUGAUGCCGCUCUCCCAAUCUCUAAUCACCUCUGACCUCGCCCUGGCCUUCGACAUCCCGACUCAAAACCCUAGCCCGGUGCCUGGCCUCCACCACCUGGGAUCCACGGGAAAUCAGCACUCGGCGUCUCCUCCACUUCCGGCGGAUCUCGAAUCCCCAGACCACUCCGCCCCCGUCGGUGAGGAUUCGGCGCGUACCCUGAAGCGGCCGCGGUUGGUGUGGACGCCGCAGCUACACAAGCGAUUCGUGGAUGCAGUCGCGCAUCUGGGGAUCAAGAACGCCGUACCUAAGACGAUAAUGCAGCUUAUGAGCGUCGAUGGCCUCACCCGUGAGAACGUCGCUAGCCACCUGCAAAAGUACAGACUUUACCUCAAGCGCAUGCAGGGCCUGAGCUCCUCCAAUGCUGGUCCACCCGUGCCGAUGUCAGCAGCUGAUGCUGCCACUGAGCAGCUAUUCGCCAGUAAUCCGAUCCCCCAUCCACUUCUUGGCCGAGGCGCCUCGGCGCUCGGCCAAGAGUCUUUCAUGCAGUUCAUGGCUCCUCCGUUGCUGCAGCACCAUCAACAGAUGGUGGCGGCCGCCGCUGUCCAGCAACAGUACUAUCAUCAAAGACAAAUGGGUCAUUUUGGAUCACUGGCGACUGGUGGUGGUGGGUAUGAUCAUGGAUUCCACACAAGAGGGGCACUGCCUCCGCAGGGAUUGCAUAGAAUGGCAGCUUCUGGUUUAGGUAUGGUGCGGCCAUCUCUACCAGCUGCAUCGAAUUCUUACGACGAUGAUGAUGAUGUAGAUUCAAGGGUGGGAGGAGGGAGAAGGGUUCUGACUCUUUUCCCCACUUGCGGUGAAGAUUGAGUGGAGUAUUCUUUUUCCGCCUUUGUUUUCUAUUGCUUUGUGUAAUUUAGAUUGUCUAGAGUUGCGAUAUCUCCGACUUCAAGAAGUUUAAAGGAUUUUAGAGAAUUGGUUCGGUUGUAUUAGGGAACUUUCCUCUUUUCGUUACAUGUCUGCCAAAAUACAAUCCGUGCUCCCAUUGUUGCUCAUGCUCAUGUUACUGGUCCAUGUUCUUUUUAGCUGUAUUUUCUGCGUAGUUUAAUAGUGAUUUCAGAUUUAAGGCA